UAGCAGCAAAAGAAGAAAAAAAAAAUAAGAAGAAAGCAAAAAAAAAAAAUAAUAAGAAGAAGAAGAAGAAGAAAGCAAAAAAAAAACAAAAAACAAGAACAAUAAUGUGAGUGUGAAAUGAAUUAAAACACGAAAGCAGUGUCAGACAUGAGGGUGCGCGUGACAAACACUAUCAAGAACAUCGUAUUUAGACGCGUUAGGCGCGAUCUCCGCCUCUCCUACGCGUAGCUACGAAACGCCUACACAUGCGGUGGACUGAAUAUAAUCGCACGCGAAAAUUACCCUGUAUCUUUUACUGCCUAUUAUUACUUUCACUACUGUACAGUGGAAUGCAUCUGCGUGUGUUUGGUUCUGAUGCCGGCAGUCUUGGGUAGAUGAGGUUCAGCAGUGGAAUUUUGCACGCAGAACGGUUCAAAAGGUAGUACAACUAACAUUAUCUCUUAUCAUAAUGAGGAUCUGAGGUUCUACUUCCUUGAUUCCAUAAAAGAACGCAAAGAACAAACAAGAAAAAAAAGUGGAAGAUUUAUAAGCUUACGAUUUUGCUUGUGUUAAAUUACACUUCUAUAAAGCGAGAUAUGUCGAAUGAUAAAGUAGUAAUUUCCCAAGAGACGCCUCCCCUGCAUAGUACAAGAAGAUACUUUCCGUGUGUUGUUUGUGUCCUCGAUGCUUUGGCGAGUGUACGUAUGAUGCAGGAAAGGCGAUUUUUCAUAUGGAGCCUUUAAUCUUUAUUAAAGCAGGACGGUUCACAGAUGGUGCCCAUAUCCAUCAUCUUCAGAAAGCAGCACUUUUAUUUCCUUCGUUGUAUUUCAGAUUCAUGGUCCAUCUCUUGGCAAAUCAAUGAAAACAAAUAAAUCAUGCAUCUUAUUUUAAGUUUUCAUACAAAUGGUUAAUAACAGACAUCAUUACAUGUACCUCUCUUACCCUCACCAUUCACCACAGUACUGCAUCCCACGUCUUUUUCUAUCAGUCUCUAGCUGCUUAUCUGCAAUCCCCAUACCACGCCCUUGUGUGCGAGGCCAAGCGCUCACUCUGACGCCUCUGUGUCCAUCUUUAUAUCUCUCUCAAAAUUGUAAUCUAUGAGACAGAUACUGUGUUCCUUAAUCUUACAUAGCUGAGAAAUGAACAUUACUCCAAAGACCUCCUGUAAAAUUGGUAUGAUUCUUUCUAACGUUCCUUUUCACCUUCAUGGUUUAUAAAUUCACAAUGUUGGAACGGAAACAAAAUAAUGGUAUGGUGUUGCAGUUUGAUGGCGGCUACAGACCGACGCGCCUCGCCAACUGGGAGGUGGGGCGUGUGCAUCAGGAGCGACCCCGCCAGCGGCGAGGAACCACCCGGGUGAUUGCUGAUGACCGCGGCCACCUGCUGCCCGGGGUGGCUCGCUCCCAGGCCACGCCCUGGGGACCCCUCACACAAGGGCUAGUAGAACCUGGCCUGGGCGAGCAGCGUCCUUCGCCCACCGAGACUCGACCCGCGCCCCGCCCCGCAGAGGAUGACCAGGAGGAGGAUCCAGCGGGAGAGGGGACGGAACUCCAGGUGACAGGGGCGGGGCUGCUGUCCGCAGGGCGCAGCGAGGAGGGAAACAGCCACCAGGACAAACAUGACUCUAACAGGAGCCAUGGCACGGUUACUCCAGCCUCCUUCAGAAAGGGGACCGCAAGGUCCCCUUCCGCAUCUCAGAAGAGCUCCCGCAAGUCAUCGGCGUCCUCGAAUUCAUCCUCCAUUGACGGUAACCGCGCCCUGAAGGAAACCGCCAACAUCACCCACGACACAGUGGAGGACGCUCUGUUACCUCGACGCCCGGAAGAGGAUCUGACGGCUCUGACAGGGUCUCGCGCCCUCGCUAUACGCCUGGUGGACCACCCAGCGCCCACCAACUGUACAAAGUAUGUCGUCCUACGACCCAACACGGCCCCCUCUCCCGCACCAUCCACCAAGCCGCCAUUACUUCCAAAACGCCCCAAGACUUCCAAGAUCAUAAGGAAGGUCCCAGAGAUUGAGUUCGCUCUCAAGUGGGACCUCAAAGAAAACGACAUUAUGGAAGAAGAAGAAGAGGAGGAGGAAGUCAUCGAGAUGAUGGACGCAAAGAAAAAGCCGCGAGAACCUCCAAGUCCACGCUCAGUCAGCUCUGUGGAUUCUGGGAUUCACAUUCCAAAGACGGCUUGGGGAGACGGUCCGGACACACGUGAACUGGCGUCCAAACUUGAGCGUCUUGAGGUGAACGGUGGGAAGGAAGCGGAAACCCGAUCGCCUUCCCGGAGGGCCUCAGAACCAGAGUCUGGCUAUGGGACACCUAAAUCUGCAGGCAGUCUACCCUCCGUGGCCUCAAGAGCCAGCUCAGGCAGAGGCUCCAUUAGAGUGCCAUUAAGGGUAGGCAGUACCACACCUGCCAGCAAAGACAGGAGCCGCACAAUAUCCAUGGACUCUCAACGCCUUGCACAAGGCAGUACACAAGGCAGUGCAAGGUCAACGCCCAAAAAAGGGUCAUCCUCCACGGCAGAGAGGCACACUCCUAAGUCCUCCUCCAGGAGUAGUAUCAAGACACAAGCGUCACGGAAGGAAGCCAAAACCACACCGGCCAGCCCGCAACCACGGGAUCCUCUUGCCAUCAUGGAAACGAAAGAUUCCGUGUUCCACACAGUUCCCUUGAGGGACACUGGGCGGGGCGUCCACACAUACAGAAGUACAUCGGUGGAGCCGCGGCAGGUGGCAGCAACCACGCAGACGGAAGAGCUUCAGCAGGAGGUGGAAGAAGCAAGCAGCGGUGCUGCGGCACCACCCGAGAUGCGCCACAACCAUCCUGGCCAGGUGAGAUCCAGGAACUGCCUGGCCUGUGAGGUGCGUGCUAUGGACCAACCGCCCAAGAAAUUCCAGGGUCCUUCUGACUUCAAGCCUGCCUUCAGGGCAGGCAAAAUGCAGCAAGACUCCGGUGUCAAAAAAGUCAGGUACACGCGCCAGAGUGAGAAAUACAACGCUCGACUCCGUGCCCGCCACCAGCCUCCCCGCUACUGGCCCAUCAACACUCUCAGCUCGCCCUUCUGCAACCGCCCGGGUUAUGGCCAAGACCAGUACCCGGACCACAUGAGGCUGCGGACCACAUACGGCACAGUGCACGCCACGGCCCCCAAGCAGACCCGCGGCCCCAUUGUCAAAAAACUCUAUCUUUAAAGCUCUCACGUGGCUAUGGACGCCGUGCUCUCUUUAAAUAUCCACACCAUACCACUGACGCUUUUGUGUUGUGGUGCAUGCGAUGUGGUGGUGAAGGUGUGACUUGCUCUGUCCUGUCAUCUCGUUGCUCGACACUGACAGCGCAUUGCCGUUAGCAUGAAUAAGCAGAAUGAAUUACUGAACAUAUCAUUAAAGGGAACUACAGUUUUCAUACAGACACUGAUAAACCAUUUGGUCUCAGCAGUGAAAAGUGAGAAUGUUAAGCUUCGAUGAGGUUCCAAGAUCUGACCUUCUAAAGAGAGAGGUAGAUAAAGGUAGAAGUGCAGGUAGUAGCAUAGAGAGAGAGAGAGAGAGAGAGAGAGAGAGAGAGAGAGAGAGAGAGAGAGAGAGAGAGAGAGAGAGAGAGAGAGAGAGAGAGAGAGAGAGAGAGAGAGAGAGAGAGAUUCCUCGCCUGUAUCCUGCCCUAACGGACAACCCCUCUACAUACCCACACUUCCUAACAUCUCUCUAUAGAAGAUGAAAGUUCUUUGCUGUAUUUGCCGCGGACUGCCUGGUGGCCUUGCUGUGGGAAGGUGGCAGGGCAAUAGGGCGGGAAUUGAGUGCCUGCUGAUGCCCGGAGCCACCAAGAGAGGUCAAUGCGGCAGUUCCUCAUCUUUAUUGUGUCUGUUCACCGCAGGAGACAAAUGUUUAACGCAUUUCUAGAUUUUCUUGUAGGUAAAUUUGUUCCACCUAAAUAAUGUUUUCCUCUAUCUUUUACACAUCUCAUUGCUGAUUCCUCAUCCGAACCGUUACGAAUGAUGGAAGCGGCCGGACCAGCAGCUCACCGCCGCAGAAAACAGGUAGCAGCGAUCACAGGAGAACAAAGAUGGAUCACGCCGCCCCGUGUGCCCAGGUAGCGGCGGGGACGUCCAGCUUUAAGUGGUGUGGAGCCGCGGUGACUAAUGGCUCACACAAUCAAUACAAGGCAGUGUGGUGCUGUGAGUGCCUGCAGCCCUUGUGGCAGCAGCACCAGCGAUCACACCAGUCCUCACCCGGGAAUGGCGGCUGCUGCAAAGCCAUGCACGCUGGUGAUCGGCAUCCUCGAGAACAAGUACAAGUUAAGGGCAUUUGUUAGCAGGAGAAGCAGUGGUCGAGGAUGACUCAAGAAGCUGCCAUGAAGGACGACCAUGAGUACAAACAUCCCGAGUUUUUUGUAUUUUCCUUCGGAUAACGAGGCAAGUCCCAGAGGCGAGCGGCAAUCAUACAGGCCACGCUGGACGCCUUUCAGGGAGACAGCAGUGACUCCCACGUGACCCGGACUCAGCAGGUUCCCAGAUGCAAGGUGACCUCGGCGGGAGGUCAAGAGUGUGGCGUCAGGACCACCGACCUGCGGCCCUCCACUCUGUUUAUGACGAGGGUAAACUGAGUCAGGAUGGCGUCUUGGGAGUGCACGGACCCUAACCGGCUGAUCUCUUCACUACGGCCCGCCAGUACACACACACACACACACACACACACACACACACACACACACACGCUGAAUUAUAAUUGAAAAAUCGAAAACACACACACACACACACACACACACACACACACACACACACACACACACACACACACACACACACACACGGGUGGUGUACGUUAUGUAGUGAAGAAAGCAUUACAGCUUCAAGGGGUAAACCUUCAGUGGCCAGCCACGCUGUGCCAACCUGGGUAAGAGGCCGCCACUUUAGCUGCGUUAAGCUUCCAAUGGCCUCAGUCAGCUCAGCUCAGUGAAGCCUUCCUGCCGCAGUGCUUGGUGCCCUAAGGAGUCCGCCGUCCGCAAAGACUCCUCCUCCAGUAUAUACGUCCAGCGGUACAAGUUUCGUACAUAGAGGCGCAGCGUAGCCAGUCUUAGGUAAUUUAACAAUACCAAAACACUGUUGACUUAGAAAUGCAUUUUACAUGAACUUUUUCUGUACAGACUUUAGUCACAACUUUAGUCUAUGUAGAUUUUGAAUUUUAUACAUUAAACUGUAAGCAAACA